CUUUGUUUAUUACUCGAAUAGAUCUCUCUCUCUCUCUCUCUCUCUCUCUCUCUCUCUGAGUCAAAUUCUCACAUCACACAUUCUUUUUCAAUAUUCUCACUCCUCCCUCACAAGAAUUAAGGACCCCAUCUCUCUCUCUCUCCUCUGAGAAAAAUCCAUCGCAACAAGGUACGUCCUCUGCUCAAUCCUCAUCCAACAACGGACGCCAUCUAACGGUGAUUGAAGCUGUUUCUGAAGUGAGACAUCGACUGAUCUUCCUUUUGGAGUGAAACUGGAGCUGGCAUCUUGUAGCUUGAUUUUGAACUCUGCAUGUUGAAGUUGAAGUAGAAGGGUGAUUUUCUUGUUGGUUUCCAACAAUGUCUCGGGGGAGGGCUGACGGGAGCCAAAAGAAACGUUUGGUCACCUCAGUUCUUGUUUUGGUAAUCAUUUGUGGUCUCCUAUAUUUUUAUUCUAAGAAAAAUGGUUCCUCCGCUCUCGAGUAUGGCAGUAAGAUUAGAAAAUUUGGUUCUACUUACUUGGGUGUGGAUGAAGAUGUUGGCGAUUCACCUCCCAAACUUGGUGAAGAUGAAGAGGAUGGCGUUAUAUUGAAGAGCAUACCGGUCUGUGAUGAUAGACAUUCAGAACUGAUUCCUUGCUUAGACAGAAACCUUAUCUACGAAACAAGAUUGAAAUUGGAUCUGUCUGUGACGGAGCACUACGAGAGACACUGCCCAGUGCCUGAAAGGCGAUAUAACUGUUUGAUUCCACCUCCUCCCGGAUAUAAGAUCCCAAUCAAGUGGCCUAAAAGCCGAGAUGAGGUAUGGAAAGCAAAUAUACCUCAUACCCACCUUGCGACUGAGAAGUCUGACCAAAAGUGGAUGGUUGUCAAAGGUGAAAAGAUUGGAUUUCCUGGAGGAGGUACUCACUUCCAUUAUGGAGCUGACAAGUACAUCGCAUCAAUGGCUAAUAUGCUCAACUUUCCUGAGAACAUUUUAAAUAAUGGAGGAAGGCUCCGAACAGUCCUUGAUGUUGGUUGUGGUGUUGCUAGUUUUGGAGGAUACCUGCUGUCUUCUGAUAUUAUCUCAAUGUCCUUGGCACCUAAUGAUGUUCAUCAAAAUCAGAUCCAGUUUGCAUUGGAGAGAGGAAUUCCUGCAUAUCUUGGUGUUUUAGGGACCAAGAGACUCCCUUACCCUAGUAGAUCUUUCGAACUGGCUCAUUGUUCUCGCUGUAGGAUUGAUUGGCUUCAAAGGGAUGGGAUACUUCUCCUUGAGUUAGAUAGAGUACUUAGACCUGGAGGUUAUUUUGCCUACUCAUCUCCUGAAGCCUACGCACAGGAUGAAGAAGAUCUUAGAAUUUGGAAAGCUAUGAGUGCCCUUGUGGAACGGAUGUGCUGGAAAAUUGCUGCUAAAAAGAACCAAACUGUUAUUUGGGUCAAGCCGCUGACUAAUGAUUGUUACAUGGAAAGACCGCCUGGUACUCAACCACCCCUUUGCAGAUCAGAUGAUGAUCCAGAUGCUGUCUACAACGUGAAAAUGGAGGCUUGCAUCACACCAUACUCUGAGCAAAACCAUAGAGCAAGAGGAAGUGGUUUGGCUCCUUGGCCUGCUCGAUUGACUACGCUUCCACCCCGUCUUGGUGAUUUCGGCUAUUCCAGUGACAUAUUUGAAAAAGACAUGGAAGUUUGGCAACAAAGAGUUGAAAAUUACUGGAAUCUUUUGAGCCCAAAGAUUAAUUCCGACACAAUAAGGAAUGUGAUGGACAUGAAGGCAAACUUGGGUUCAUUUGCAGGGGCUUUGAAGAACAAAGAUGUUUGGGUUAUGAAUGUGGUGCCCGAAGACGGACCUAACACACUAAAAAUAAUAUACGACAGAGGACUGAUAGGCUCAGUACAUAAUUGGUGUGAAGCCUACUCGACCUACCCACGAACUUAUGAUCUACUUCAUGCUUGGACCCUCUUCUCCGAUAUUGAAAGGAAAGGAUGUAGCAGUGUUGAUUUGUUAAUUGAGAUGGAUCGCAUCCUGAGGCCCCAAGGUUUCAUCAUUGUGCGUGAUAACCGAAAGGUGGUGGAGUUCAUAAACAAAUAUAUGAAGGCGUUACACUGGGAAGCAGUGGCUACCGCUGAUGCAGAGGGAGGCACCGAGCAGGAUGAUGAUGUGCUGUUUGUUAUCCAGAAAAAGAUUUGGCAUACGAGCGAGAGCUUUAGAAAUGUAGAUUAGCGCAAUAUGAUCCCGGCAUUUCACAGGGCUGAAGAUACUACUGGUUUUAUUUAUAAUUUUGUUGCAUUUGCUCAGGUUACUUUUUUGUUUUCCUCAGCUUUUCCAAUUUUCUUUGUUCCUCUAAUUGAUACAGAAAGGUCACAAAAUAUGUUUACAUUCUAUUUAUAAUUCAUUGGGAAAUUGUAAGAUAAUCACUUUCUGCUAUUGAUUGGAGAAAAAUAGAGGCAUAGCCCAUCUGCCUAUGAGAGGAUUGAAUCUGUAAUCUUUAGCAAUAUAUAUGAUACUAACGGAAAAGUAUACGAGUGUUUUUCUCUA